GGAUUAGUGGCGGCACGGCGAGAUGAUUGAAGUUGUGACGGGCCCGUGGGACAAUGGAAGGCCAUUUGAUCGAGGGAAAAAAAAGUGAUAGGAAGAGCCGAUGCUGGAACGGAAUCCGAGAGGAGGAACAUUACACCGAGGAGGCAAGCGUCUGAUUGGCCGCCGCGUCCCAGGGAGCGGGAUGCUGGAGCGCGAGGAGGAGAGUGCAAGAUGCGACGACCGAUUGCUGCGGAACUUCCUCGCAAUAUUUGGCGCCCGCAUGGAGCCCUUCCUCGCUUCACCUCUGGAAUGAUGUGACCCCCCCAACCUGGAGCGGGCUCACCAUGCCGGUGAUGAAGGGGCUCCUGGCCCCCCAGAACACAUUCCUGGACAACAUCGCCACUCGCUUCGACGGCACCCACAGCAACUUCCUGCUGGGCAACGCCCAGGGCCAGCGCGGCUACCCCAUCGUGUACUGCUCGGACGGCUUCUGCGAGCUGACGGGCUUCACGCGCACCGAGGUGAUGCAGAAGAACUGCAGCUGCCGCUUCCUGUACGGCGCCGACACCAGCGAGCGCGUGGCCCAGCAGAUGGAGAAGGCCCUGGAGGGACGCCACGAGUACCAGGCCCAGGUGCACUUCUACAGAAAGGACGGCGUGGCCUUCUGGUGCCUGCUGGACAUCGUGCCCAUCAAGAACGAGAAGGGCGAGAUGGUUCUCUUCCUCUUCUCCUUCAAGGACAUCACCGACAGCCAUGGGAAAUGUCAGCACAACAGCACCAAGGAAGUUUUGGAGGAGGACCAGCGUCAGCGGCGAAAGGGCAGCUCGCGCCUGAGCGAGGCCCGCAGGCGAGGGCGCACCGUGUUGUACCAGAUGACAAGUCGCUUUUCCCGCCGCACCAAAGGCGACAUCAACCUGGGCGGGAACAUGAUGGAUCGUCCGUCGGUGCCAGAGUACAAGGUGGCUGCGGUGCAGCGCUCUCGCUUUCUGCUGCUGCACUACAGCGUGUCCAAGGCGCUGUGGGACUGGCUGAUCCUACUGGCCACCUUCUACGUGGCCGUCACCGUGCCCUACAACGUCAGCUUCAUGCCCUACCACGACAACGUCACGGCCGCUCGCUCCACCAUCGUCAGCGACAUCGCCGUCGAGAUGCUCUUCAUCACAGACAUAAUCCUGAACUUCCGCACGACCUUUGUGAGCCAGUCGGGUCAGGUGGUGUACCAGUCGCGUUCUAUCUGCAUCCACUACGCCACCUCUUGGUUCUUUGUGGACCUGGUGGCCGCUCUGCCCUUUGACCUCCUCUACGCUUUCAACAUCACAGUGACGUCGCUGGUGCACCUGCUGAAGACGGUGCGGCUACUGCGGCUGCUGCGGCUACUGCAGAAGCUGGACCGCUACUCGCAGUACAGCGCCAUGGUGCUGACGCUGCUCAUGUCCGUGUUCGCCCUGCUGGCCCACUGGAUGGCCUGCGUCUGGUACAUGAUCGGACAAAAAGAGCUGGAGAGCAGCCACACCUGGGAAAUAGGAUGGCUGCACGAGCUGGGCAAACGUCUUGAGACGCCGUACGCCAACAGCACGUCGGGCGGUCCGUCGGUGCGCAGCGCCUACAUCGCCGCCCUCUACUUCACCCUCAGCAGCUUGACCAGCGUAGGCUUCGGCAACGUCUGCGCCAACACCGACGCCGAGAAGAUCUUCUCCAUCUGCACCAUGCUGGUGGGCGCGCUGAUGCACGCCCUGGUGUUCGGCAACGUGACGGCCAUCAUCCAACGCAUGUACUCGCGCCGCUCGCUCUACCACACCCGCAUGAAGGACCUAAAGGACUUCAUCCGCGUGCACGGCCUGCCCCAGCAGCUCAAGCAGAGGAUGCUGGAGUACUUCCAGACCACCUGGUCGGUCAACAACGGCAUCGACGCCAACGAGCUGCUGCACGACUUCCCCGACGAGCUGCGCGCCGACAUCGCCACGCACCUGAACAAGGACAUCCUGCAGCUGGCCGUCUUCAAGGGCGCCAGCCGCGGCUGCCUGCGCUCGCUCUCGCUGCACAUCAAGACGUCCUUCUGCGUGCCCGGCGAGUACCUCAUCCGCCAGGGCGACGCGCUGCACGCCAACUACUUUGUCUGCUCCGGAUCACUGGAGGUCCUCAAGGACGGCAUGGUGCUGGCCAUACUCGGAAAAGGCGACCUGAUUGGCUGCGACCUGCCCGACAGCGAGCAGGUGGUCAAAACCAACGCAGACGUGAAGGCGCUGACCUAUUGCGACCUCCAGUACAUCAGCGUGCGCGGGCUGAGGGAGGUGCUUCACCUUUAUCCCGAGUACGCCGGCGUCUUCGCCUCCGACAUUCAUAAUAACAUCACCUACAACCUGCGAGAGGGAAGCCAGGAUCAGGGACUUGGCAGGUUUUCAAGGUCGCCCAGGAUCCUGCAUGAAACGCGACUGACUCCCUCGGUGGAAACAAGCAAGCGGGAGGAUUUGUCCCCGUCGGUGCGGUCGCGGCGUAACCUGCUGCUGCCCAACCUGAGCAGCCCCGUGCGCCGCACCUCGCUGGGAAACCUGUUGGGCGACGAGCUGCGCCAGUUCAACGCGCUGCGCCGCUGCCGCUCGCCCAACCUCGCCCGCGGCUUCCUGAGCCAUGCCGCCGCCUCGCCUCGGACGCCGGCGGCCAAACCGGAGCGCGCCUCCCCGGGCCGCGAGUCCGGCGAGGAUCUUAAGCCUUCCGAGCUCCUCAUCCCCACCGUCACCUGCUUUGGACCCUCCGAACUCAGCCCAAGGGUCGUGGAUGGCAUUGAGGACAACAGCCACGUGUUCCAUUUCAACGUGGAGCACGGCGGGCCACAGGCCAGAAGAGGAAGCGGCGGAACACAAGAGUCCACACGGGUAAACGUGCGUCUCUUGCUUGAAACUGAGGAAGUUCAGCAGAGCAUCAGUCUACUCCACCAAAAGAUGGGCUCGUUAAACCAGGAAGUGUCGGAGCUUGGCAACGGCCUGCGCCGUAUCACGCACCUCCUCCAGGCCCACGUCAACGCCCAUCACAACUUGUAUCUCCACCACCAGGUGGCGUCCCCCCAGCCAGGCCUCCCCAGCCACCCGGCCGCCGCCCACUGUCACGCCGCCACCUUGGCGGCACCGUCAUCGUGGACGCCGGGAGGCUUCCCCGGUGGAGGCCUGGCGGGCCCCACUGCCAUCAGUCGGUCCCAACCCACUUUGUACCCGCGGCCCGACGCGGACCCCCCCGCCGACCGCCCGUCGGCCGGUUCUUACCCUCUUCUCGGGCUGUUGCAAGCCUCGCACGAGGACGUUGACUGUUUCGCCCAAGACUCGCAUCCUCCUUUAAUCCCCGCUUGUGCGUCCCCAUUAGCACCCCAACUGAGCCCACUCGGUCGCAGUCUAGACCCCCCUAGUCUCAGUCUAGACCACCCCAGUCUGGAAUGUCUGCUGAGCGGUCGCAGGGAAAGCGAAAGCACGUCCAGGUCCAGCGUUGGCGUUCAGACGCAGAGUAGCGAGCAGUCGUGGUGUCUGGAUCUCACGGACUAAAAAAACAAAACAGCGUUUCAGAAAAACAGAGAGUUUUUUUUUUUACCCCCCCUGCUGCUCGUUGGAGCCCGCUGCUUACUGCUCUGCAACCGCUAAAGUAUAUGUUGUUUACAGCACUUAGCUUGCUGGAUGAAUAAUAAACAUGGCAUUGUCUUU